AUGUUGGACAAGUUGGGCGGCACCUAUGCCCCCCGACCUUCCCCCGGUCCUCACAAGCUUAGGGAGUCCCUCCCCCUCACCAUCUUCCUCCGUAACCGUCUGAAGUACGCCCUUACCGGCCGAGAAGUCACUGCCAUCGUCAAGCAGCGACUCAUCAAGGUCGACGGCAAGGUCAGGACCGACGAGACCUACCCCGCUGGUUUCAUGGACGUCAUCUCCAUUGAGCGAUCCGGCGAGCACUUCCGUCUCCUCUACGACGUCAAGGGUCGAUUCACCAUCCACCGAAUCUCCCCUGAGGAGUCCACCUUCAAGCUCCUCAAGGUGAAGAAGCACCAGCUCGGUGCCAAGGGUGUCCCUUACAUCGUCACCCACGAUGGCCGAACCAUCCGAUACCCCGACCCCGCCAUCAAGGUUCAUGACACUGUCAAGUUCGACUUUGUCCAGAACAAGAUUGUUGACCACAUCAAGUUCGAGCCCGGAAACGUCGUCAUGGCUACCGGUGGUCGUAACAUGGGUCGAUCUGGUGUGAUCGUCCACAGGGAGAGGCACUUGGGUGGGUUUGACAUUGUCCACGUCAAGGAUGUUUUGGACAGGACCUUCUCUACCAGGCUCUCCAACAUCUUCGUCAUUGGUGAGGGUGCCAAGGCCCAGGUCUCUUUGCCCAAGGGCAAGGGUGUCAAGCUCUCCAUCGCCGAGGAGCGUGACCAGAGGAGGCGUCAGCGAGCUCAGGAGGCUUAA